AUGCCUUGCGGAGAUCUUGCAUUAACCAACAGCGUGGUGCUAAUUACUGGUGGAGGUUCUGGGAUCAACUUUGCCUUCUCCAAACUAGUAUUCGAAGCAGGGGCAAAAAUUCUCAUAGCAGAUCUCACCCUCACCGAGGACGCCAGAAAGUUCGUGGCUUCAGUGCCGUCCGAAAAGGUUACUUUUGUGAAAUGUGACGUAACAAGACGGGCGGAUCUGGAAAAUCUGAUCAAAGCUUCUCGAGACACCUUCGGUACAGUUCCUGACGUAUACGUAGCUGGUGCUGGUGUGUUUGAGCCCGAUUGGUCGACAUGGUGGGACGACACAGAAGAUGAUGGAUAUAAGCAACUCGAUAUCAACGCAACUCACCCCAUGAAGCUUACGCGGAUUGCUACCAAAGCAUUGCUUUCAGAGCAAAAAAAGGGAGUGAUAUUGAUCCUGGCCUCGCUAGCAGGAUUCCUAGGCACCUUUUCGGCUCCAUUAUACUGCGCUUCGAAGCAUGCAGUGAUUGGCUUCGUCCGUUCGAUGGCCGACCUCGACUGUUACGCAAAUAUCAGGGUUCACGCUAUAGCACCGGGUAUGGUGCAGACUCCUUUAUGGUUGAACAACCCCGAAAAGAUGAGCCGGUUUGGCUAUGACCCGAAGACGGCUGUCACCGCAGAGACCGUUGCAAAGGCAAUGAUAGACACAGUUAUCAACGGUAAAUACCAGGGAGGCGAAUCUGUCGAAAUCACAGUCAGCGGAACCCGUGUUUUGGGAACGUGGAAUCUGGAUCCACCGUCGUCGAGUGGUACUAGUGUGCCCCAAGAGGUCAUAGACAAAAAUCAUGCGCCUCUCAUGGCCAUUCUUGAUAAAGAAAGAGGUCCGCUGAAAAGAUAGAGCC